AAAAGUGUACCAAGUAGUUGGAGUACAACUUCGAAAUCUCAACAUUGCGAUAGCAAUAAACAACAUAGAAGGGAAAAAAAGAAAAAAAGAAAGAAAGAAAGAAAGAAAAGAUAUGGAAGGAGAAGUAGUAGAACUGUACGAACUUGACUAUUCCGAUUUGUUGCAACUGUGUUCAGAUAAAUGUAUUGAAACAAAUGAUUCAUCAAUUACCAAAAGUGUAAUGGAAAAUCUAGGGCCAGAAGGACCUGGACUUCUCGCCAUCACCGGUGUUCCAGAAGCUUCUAAUCUCCGACGAAAUCUUCUUCCGUUAGCCCGAAAACUCGCUCUCCUCAAUAAUGAUCGUCGCAAGCGCCUUCUUAAGGAACACAAUCUGGGAAGUGAUGUUUCAUUGAAGAACCCAAACAGAAAUGUCUCCUCUUUUUCGAUGCAAUUGAAAUAUGAGCAGUGCUUUGAAAGAAGUGAUUGUCAGGUUGAUGACGUAGAAUUUGAUAAUCAAAAUGAUGAAGUGGUUGAUCGGGAUGAGUUUAAUAAAUUAGGAUGCACGUUUAAGGAGUUAGGAUACUGCAUGAUGGACUUGGGGCUUCGUCUUGCACAAAUAUGUGAUAAGGCCAUUGGGGGCCAAGAGCUGCAACUAAGCUUACUAGAGUCUGGCACAGCUAAAGGGCGUCUGAUCCAUUACCAUUCUGCUGUUGACAAUGAUAUUGUUAGAGAAGCUGCUAAAAGAAAUGGACAGUCUAAAGCAAGAGAUGGGAAAGGUAAUAAGAAUGAGCGAUUGACUCUGACGCAGCAAGGAGUUGAGUCGUCAAACAACCAGUCAAAUGACUAUGGUCUGUGGCAGCAGUGGCACUAUGAUUAUGGUAUUUUCACUCUCUUAACAGUUCCUAUGUUUCUGUUGUCUUCUCACCAAGAAGCAGCAGCAUCUGCAAAUAAUGAUUUACCUGUUUCUUCUGAGCAUGAAUUCCCUUCACCCAGUGGGCACACAUAUCUUCAUAUAUUUGAUCCCAAAAAGAAUCAGGUCUUUAUGGUAAAGGCACCUUCAGAGAGUCUCAUUCUGCAGGUUGGAGAAGCAGCUGAUAUAUUAUCUAAGGGGAAGCUACGAGCGACACUUCAUUGUGUUUGUAGACCACCAAAGGAAGAAAACUUGAGCCGGGAAACGUAUGUUGUCUUCUUGCAGCCAGCAUGGAGCAAACAGUUCUCUCUUUUUGAUUACCCACUUGAGCUUUUAGCUUUAAGUGGUCAGCAGUGGGGGGCAUGCAAUAAGGGUACUGAGCAGUCUAGGCAGGUCCCCGAGGAAUUAAGUCAUGAGAUUCAAAAGAUUGUUCCACCACUUUUGUCGAGGCUGAAAGAUGGGAUGACAUUUGCAGAAUUUUCUCGUGAAACUACAAAACAAUACUAUGGUGGUAAAGGUUUACAGUCCAACAGAUAGAUUGCCUGAAGGUACGCGUGAAUGCAGUUAAUGAGCUUGGGCCUCAUCCACAUAUUCUACAGGUAUGAAGGUAUGAUAGCCAACGCUCUCUUGACUUUGUACUUGUACCAGGACUGGCUCAUUUCCCUGUUAUCUUCAUCUUGUCUAAAAUAACGUAACAUGAUUGAUUAAGGAAGAAGAUCAAAUAAGUAAAACAUUUCAGUGUUGUCGUUUCCAAAAGAAAUGUUGAAAUAUCCAGAAGUACAAUGAGUAAAUUUCUUAAAGAUGUGCUAAUAUGAAAGCAAGAUACUUGAAAUGGGAAGCCGCAGCUCUUUUCGAAAGGAGAAUGUGGACGAUCAGUACCUUGUUCAGAUUCCUGAUACUGCCCACCAAGUCAGCAUUCAGCAAUUGUCUCUUUCUCUUAUUACUUUAUUAGCAUGCUUUUCCGAUUUUCUUAUUCAUUACUUGACCUUGUAUUUGUUUUCUUACAUUGUUGAAAGUUGUUUUUGUAAAUUGUAAUUGGUGAAAGAAAAUUGGACCUUUUGAGGCCAUUGAUCCA